AUGGACUCGGCGCCAGCCUUUGCCAUGGACAAGCCGUUCGCCCCCGGCGCCGUGCGCGGCCCGGAGCCGCCCGAAAACGCUCAGAGCCGGAAAAACUUCAGCGUGAGCCACCUCCUGGACCUGGAGGAGGUGGCGGCCGGUAUGAACGGGACCCCCGCGGCCGGUCCCCCGCCCGCCGGUGGCGCCAAGGCCAUCCCGGAGCCGUCGGGAGGCAGCAGCGGCAGCGAGGCAGCGCCCCAGGACGGUGAGAGCCUGAGCCCAAGCUGCGGGGCAGCCAAGAGGAAGAAGAAGCAGAGGAGGAACCGCACCACCUUCAACAGCAGCCAGCUGCAGGCUCUGGAGAGGGUCUUUGAGAGGACGCACUACCCCGACGCCUUCGUGAGGGAGGAGCUGGCCAGAAGGGUCAACCUCAGCGAGGCCAGAGUCCAGGUGUGGUUUCAGAACCGGAGGGCCAAGUUCCGCCGUAACGAGAGGGCGAUGCUGGCCAACAGAUCGGCAUCCCUGCUCAAAUCCUACAGCCAGGAGGCAGCCAUCGAGCAGCCCAUGGCACCACGACCCACUGCACUGACCCCUGAGUAUCUCUCGUGGACCAGCACCUCCCCGUACAGCACUGUGCCCUCCUACAGCUCCAGCGGGACCGCAACGCCCGCCCAGGGGGUGAACAUGGCCAACAGCAUCGCCAGCCUGCGCCUCAAGGCCAAGGAGUUCAGCCUCCACCAGAACCAGGUGCCCACCGUGAACUGA